CAAUCUCUUAUCCUCUCUUUAUCAAGUCUCCUGUGUCUUUUCCAAGGCUAAGGUUUCUGUUCAUUUCAUUGGCCAAUUAGGGUCUGCAUUCGCCCCUAAAUCGUAAUAAAAUUUCUGCUUGGUUGCGGUGAGAUCGAAUUGACAUGGGCUUCUUGAUAACUACCUUAAUUUUCAUUGUUGCCGGUGUGAUUGCAUCCCUCUUGGCCAGAAUUUGUUGCAACAAAGGACCUUCUGCCAAUCUGUUUCAUCUGACAUUAGUUAUUACAGCAACAGUUUGCUGUUGGAUGAUGUGGGCUAUUGUAUAUCUUGCUCAAAUGAAACCGCUAAUUGUUCCAAUUCUUAGUGAAGGAGAAUGAAGUGUUCUGUCAAAGAGAUAUAAUGCUCCUAGCAGAUAGACUAUUGUAUAAUGAACCGGUAAUGGAAUGCCAUUGAACAUGCCUCGUAUUUAGAUGGUGGUAUUAUUGGAACCAAAUUGGUUUUUUCCUAAAGAACCUUGAAUUGGCCUGCAAUUUUGCUUUUAGAGCUAUCUACAUUAUAUUUUUCUCAUUUAUUCCAGAAGCUCAAGUUUAAUCGCGCUCUGUAACAAUGUGAGCUUACAUAGUGUCAAAUUUCAAUCAAAUAAUUGAUGGGAAAUAGAAUAUUGUGCUUUGACUA